UGCAUUCUGGGAAGAGAGGCCGUUUGAGCGUGAAAGGGGUGAGCGAGCAAGCAAGCAAGCGAAAGGGAGGGAGGUGUGAAAGGAAAGGGAAGACGGAAUACGAGCAGACUGGUAGCUUCCUGCAAAAAAGAAACACAGUACAACGCCAGCAGACGCCAGUCAGCGUGUCGGUACUUGACAAAAGAGUUGCUUCUAGUGAGCCAUGGGAAUUCAUCGGUGGAGUUGGAAGAUCUGAUUUCUAAAAAACAACGCCUGGACAAUGGAGCCAGAUGUAAUUCGAAUGUAUUCCUCCUCUCCUCCACCUUUAGAUGAUGGGGGUGAAGACGAAGAUGAUGAAUUUGGAGAAUUUGGAGGCUUUUCAGGAGUGUCAGCUAGUGUCUCCUUUACCAGUUUUGAUGGGCCUAACUUUACCUCUUCAACUGAUGACUUUGUUUCUUCAAAUCACUUCAUGUCGGACAAGAUGUACUCAAAUAAUUCUGCAGUCCUUACAGAUUUGAACUCUGUUAAUCCAAGCAAGGACAGGAAUUGCUUUACAGAGUUUUCUAAACCACCUGAUGGCACAAUUGUCGGUCUAGAUAACCACAGUAGAAAUGAAAUGUCUUUAUGUCAUGCUGCCGAAAGCCCUGUUAAAGAUGGAGUUAAAACCCUAGCUGAGCCAAUGGAACUAGCUCCUGGUUCAAAUGACUUCUCUGCAGAGUCCAUUAAUAGGACUGUGAUCAAAACUGACCAGCAGGAAUCCACAGACUGCAAUGGCAGCAUCAUUUCUGAUGAUGAAAUUUUAACAAAUGGAUAUUCUUCUGAUAUUGUUAAUUUUCAGCAAGAAAUAGAAGUAAAUAUCCCCAAGGAACGGAAAGAGAUCUACCCUGAAAUAAGUUUAAGUUCCCCUUCAAGUCUUGCACAAACAUUUGCAGAUUUUACUGCAUUCCCCAAUACUUACACUUCCAUUAAUUGUGUCUGUACAGUUAGUGUAAUGAAUGAUUGCUCAAGUGAAGAAAACAUCCUAAAAAAAAAGGUUGGUUUUAGCAUGGAAAGUGAUGACAAUUUGAAUGUUGACGUGCAAGAGCCUUCUAAACUAAGCUCAGAAAAUGUAGUGGUCCAAAAUAUUGAUAGUGAUAGAGCAGCAUCUCCGUUUUCUCAUUUUCCUGCUAAGGAUAAUGUUUUAAGUAACAAUAUCAGUGAUUCAGACUGUGAGACUAAGUCUCAGACGACUGCUUCCAUGGAAAAAGUAGAAACUUUACAUUCAGAGAAGUUUGUCAACAGAAUUUGCAGUAUACCGCAAAAAGAGGAAGAAGAAAUGGAAAGGGCAGGAUCUGAUGUUUUCAGAAGUACAGUUCCUUUUGUACAAGAAAGUACUGCAGAUACUGAAGAUAGCAGCCUAGUGUACCAGAGUUGUAGUGAAAAUGGCCAGCAGGUAGAGUCUGUAGCCCCAAGCACCUCUGUGUCUGUAAGUGAGGAAUUUGCAUCUUUUUGCCAGGCUGAGUCUCCUGAUGACAUUGAAGAUUUUGGAGAGUUUGGCAGCACAACUAAUGAUAAGUUAUCACUGCCUAACCCUGAAGGCUUACUACCAUCCAAUAUCACAGAACUACCAGCAGAGGUUUCUUCACAAUUUGAAACCUUAGAUAUUAAAGAUUUUGGUGCUGCAAACGUUUGUGACUUUGCAGACUUCAGUCAGUCUAAAAUGAGUAGUUGUAUAUCAGACAGAAUUACUGAAGCAAUUAGUGAUUCUGUUGAAUCCAUUAGUGAAGGUUCAGCUGUUACAGAGGAUGUUUCUGGUCAUUUGGAUAAAGCACAGAAACUAGAAGAAGGAAGUUUUGCAGAAUUUUGCGAAACUGAAGACUUUGCAGACUUCAGCUCUUCAACUGGAAAUCAAGAUAUGGAGUGGAAUGCUUUUGCAGACCAGCCUAGCUUAAAAGAAAGUACUUCUUGGGCAGCUUUUGGGAAUGCUCAGUCAGUUGAUUUCACUGAGGAUAACACAUGGCAAUCCAGUAGCACAACUGAGGGAGGCAAUGUUAGCAGUGCACAAAGUGGCAGGAUGGAUGGAACUGGCUUUGUUUCUUUUCAGGGUCCUACAGAAAGUGACUGUAAUAUAUCAGACCAACCUUCAGUAUAUCAGGCAGCUUUGGUUUGCCGCUUACAGAAAGUUUUCCAAGCGUGUUUUCCACCAUGCCCCAUUUCCUGUUCUGAAGAAAACAUCACUUCAUUAAAGCUGUUUCUUGAGCCAGUAGAGCAUCAAGAAGAGACGGGAAGUGCCUUGGGACAUCUUAGGGAGCUGCGGAAUGUCUGGAGUGAGCUACAAGAUAUCCAUGAUGCAUAUGGCCUAAAGUAUCAGUGGUGUGGCUCUCACAGCAACAAAAAGCUGCUGUCUUCUCUGGGAAUUGACACCAGGAACAUAGAACACAAGCCUCUUUUACUGCCUCUGGCCUAA